AUGAGCCUCAGCGAGGAGCAGGUGCAGGACUUCCUCAACCAGAACCCCAGCUUCACGGACCAGUACUUUGGGAAGAAGCUGAGCCCAGAGAAUGUGGCCGGUGCCCAUGAGGACGGAUGCCCAGCAGACUGCACCAGCUUCCGCGAGCUAUGCCAGGUAGAAGAGAGUGCGGCCCUGUUCGAGCUGGUGCAGGACAUGCAGGAAAGCGUGAACAUGGAGCGGGUGGUCUUCAAGAUCCUGCGACGCCUCUGCACCAUCCUGCGUGCCGACCGCUGCAGCCUCUUCAUGUACCGCCAGCGCAACGGCGUGGCUGAGCUCGCCACACGCUUGUUCAGCGUGCAGCCCGACAGCAUCCUGGAGGACUGCUUGGUGCCCCCUGACUCUGAGAUUGUCUUCCCGCUGGACAUUGGGGUCGUGGGCCAUGUGGCUCAGACCAAGAAAAUGGUGAACGUUGAGGAUGUGACCGAGUGUCCCCACUUCAGCUCCUUCGCUGACGAGCUGACCGGCUAUGUGACGAGGAAUAUCCUGGCCACCCCCGUCAUGAACGGCAAAGACGUUGUGGCUGUGAUCAUGGCUGUGAACAAGCUCGAUGGCCCGUGUUUCACAAGUGAGGACGAAGACGUUUUCUUGAAGUAUCUGAAUUUUGGCACGUUAAACCUGAAGAUCUACCACUUGAGCUACCUCCACAACUGUGAGACGCGCCGAGGCCAGGUGCUGCUGUGGUCGGCCAACAAAGUGUUUGAGGAGCUGACAGACAUCGAGAGGCAGUUCCACAAGGCUUUCUACACCGUGCGGGCCUAUCUAAACUGCGACCGAUAUUCAGUGGGCCUCCUGGACAUGACCAAGGAGAAGGAAUUCUUCGACGUGUGGCCUGUGCUUAUGGGAGAAGCCCAGCCAUACUCAGGCCCACGCACGCCCGAUGGCCGUGAAAUCCUCUUCUACAAAGUCAUUGACUACAUCCUCCACGGCAAGGAAGACAUCAAGGUCAUCCCCACACCCCCGGCUGAUCACUGGGCCCUGGCCAGUGGCCUUCCGACCUACGUGGCAGAAAGUGGCUUUAUCUGUAACAUCAUGAAUGCCCCCGCCGACGAGACAUUCAAAUUUCAGGAAGGGCCUCUGGAUGACUCUGGGUGGGUCAUCAAGAACGUCCUCUCCAUGCCCAUCGUCAACAAAAAGGAGGAGAUUGUGGGGGUUGCAACGUUUUACAACAGGAAAGACGGGAAGCCCUUCGAUGAGCAGGAUGAAGUCCUCAUGGAGUCCCUCACACAAUUCCUGGGCUGGUCAGUGCUGAACACCGACACCUACGACAAGAUGAACAAGCUGGAGAACCGCAAGGACAUCGCCCAGGACAUGGUUCUGUACCACGUGAGAUGCGACAAGGACGAGAUCCAGUCGAUCCUGCCAACAAGAGAACUCCUGGGGAAGGAGCCUGCUGACUGUGAGGAGGACGAGCUGGGGAAAAUCUUGAAAGAAGUGCUGCCAGGGCCCACCAAGUUUGACAUCUAUGAGUUCCACUUCUCCGAUCUGGAGUGCACAGAGCUGGAGCUGGUCAAAUGCGGCAUCCAGAUGUACUACGAGCUGGGUGUGGUCCGGAAGUUCCAGAUCCCCCAGGAGGUCCUGGUGCGGUUCUUGUUCUCCGUGAGCAAAGGGUACCGGAGAAUCACCUACCACAACUGGCGCCACGGCUUCAAUGUGGCCCAGACAAUGUUCACGUUGCUCAUGACCGGCAAGCUGAAGAGCUACUACACGGACCUGGAGGCCCUCGCCAUGGUGACGGCCGGGCUGUGCCACGACAUCGACCACCGCGGCACCAACAACCUGUACCAGAUGAAGUCCCAGAAUCCCUUGGCCAAGCUCCACGGCUCCUCGAUUCUGGAGCGGCAUCACCUGGAGUUCGGGAAGUUCCUGCUUUCGGAGGAGACGCUGAACAUCUACCAGAACCUGAACCGGCGGCAGCACGAGCACGUGAUCCACCUCAUGGACAUCGCCAUCAUUGCCACGGACCUGGCGCUCUACUUCAAGAAGAGGACAAUGUUCCAGAAGAUUGUGGACGAGUCUAAGAAUUAUGAGGACAGGAAGAGCUGGGUGGAGUACCUGUCCCUGGAGACGACCCGGAAGGAGAUAGUCAUGGCCAUGAUGAUGACAGCGUGUGACCUGUCUGCCAUCACCAAGCCCUGGGAAGUCCAGAGCAAGGUCGCUCUGCUGGUGGCAGCUGAGUUCUGGGAGCAAGGUGACUUGGAAAGGACAGUUCUGGAUCAGCAACCCAUUCCGAUGAUGGACCGGAACAAGGCAGCCGAGCUCCCCAAACUGCAGGUCGGCUUCAUCGACUUCGUGUGCACGUUCGUGUACAAGGAGUUUUCCCGUUUCCACGAGGAGAUCCUGCCCAUGUUUGACCGACUGCAGAACAACAGGAAGGAGUGGAAGGCCCUGGCUGAUGAGUAUGAGGCGAAACUGAAGGCCCUGGAGGAGAAGCAGGAGGAGAGGACAGGGGCCAAAAAAGCAGGCACGGAGAUCUGCAACGGUGGCCCAGCGCCCAAGUCUUCCACCUGCAGCAUCCUGUGAGCCAGUCAGUGGGGUCCGAUGGCUUCAGCCCCAUGCCUGCAGGAUUGUGCCUCUAUAGGUUUGGUACAAGAGCUUAGGAAGCCCGAGAAAAUGACUGAAGACAACUCUGAACAUUUUGAACCUUUUUAAGGUUUGUUUUUAUAAACUAAAGCCAACCAUCAAUAACUUGCACAGUGUAGCCUACCUUACACUCAUCCACCUUUUGGAUACAUAGUAACACCACCGAGAGAUCUCUAAAGGGCCUGUGAACUGUGUCUGAAAGCACUGGGUGGGACAUUCACAACUGCACAUGUGUUUAUGUGUAUAUGAGUAGAGAGAUGGAUACACAGAUGCUGCUUCCCAUCUGGUUUAGGAAAAAACUUAUGACCAGAAGUUUAGAAUAAAAUAAAAACAAGUU